AUGCAUAAUCACCACAGGCAUCAUGCACGACAACAUGCACAGGUCGAGGCACGCGGGCCGCAACUGUUUCGUGACAUUGAAAUAAUCGGAGGAAAUAUCAAGCCCAUCGCCAACAAAGACGACGAUGAUGUGGAAAUCAUUUAUAUCACGGCCAAGCCAACCUUCGACGGCCCCAUUGGCGGUUAUUCCACCGAGGGUCGUGGACCACCAAGGACGACUAUAGAUAUAGGGCCACCUGUGAAACAUACCCGUCCUCCGCGCCCGGAUACUGACGACCCAACGCCCACCAGGACGCCAGUACAAAGACCAACUCGAACUUCGUCUCCUGUGGCCACAACCGAAGAAUCAAGCUCGCGGCCCAAGGCACCAUCCACCUCCUUCGCUACGUCAACGCCUACCUCGGCCAGAGAGUUGGUGCCAUCGACAACCAGUGAUAACGGGAUCGGGCUUGCGUCAAUUACCUCGUCCCCCUCAGCCACCAACACAGCGGUAGCCUCACCCGGUUUGUCGGAUGGAGCCAAGGCAGGUCUCGCGAUAGGUAUUAUUGCAUUGGUCGGGCUUAUUGCAGGUGUCGCUCUUUUGUUCAUCCGGAAGAAGAAAAAGACGGAAGAAGCGGAGGAAAUCCAACAUGAGAAGCCAUUCCCCCCAAUCCCGAGCCCGCAGCAAUCGUAUUCUCCACCACCACCGCAACAAGUCACUUCAUCUGCUCCUCCUCAGUUGAACGUCCGCCCCAUGACCCAAUUUUCUCCGGAUUUCACUGGACACGGCCCGAACAAUAUGGCAAUGGUGAAUGUUGCUGGGGUUGCUGGAGUGCGUAACCUCACCGGACAGCAUAACGAUUCUCAAAGCACUUUUGCGCCUCCAAGAACAGCAGACAGCACCUCAAACCCUUUCAAUGAUCCGGUUAAUCCAUUUGAAACCCGAUCGGGUGCCUCUUCUCCAACUUCCCCGCCUGGCCCAGCCCCACAGCCUUUAAAUGUACGCACUCCUUCUCCAGGAGCUUCUUCCAUGCGAAUGCCUAGCCCAGAAGGAAUGACGACCGGCGUUGCUGCUACUGGCACUGCCAUCACUGCAGGCUCCGUCGCUGUUGCUGCCAUUACCCCUGCUACUGCCAAUAGCCAUAGCGGUAAACCACCAACUUUGCAGCACGUUCCUGGCCCUCCUGCGGGAUGGAUGAAGGACAUGCCACCCCCUAGCCCAGCUAAGAGUUUUGAAUCUGUUUCCGUCACUUCUACCACAGCUGCUGCAGUUGCUACGGGUGGCCCUGCCCUAACAAAUGUUCAUCGUGUUCAACUUGACUUCGCUCCCUCCAUGGAUGACGAACUUGAACUUCGAGCAGGACAACUCGUGCGGCUUCUUCAUGAAUACGAUGAUGGAUGGGCCCUCUGUAUCCGUCUUGACCGCUCUCAGCAAGGUGUUGCCCCAAGAUCCUGUCUUUCUGCUCGACCAGUAAAACCACGCCAACGUAGUCCUCCUGGAUCAGGCCCUCGAGGUCCCCCACCAAUCGGUGGUGUAAAUGGUCGCCCAAUGUCUCCAGCUGGCGGGCGUAAUUCUCCAGUUCCUGGGCCGCCUCCUAGCGGACCGCCACCACAGGGACCGCCCCGAUUUGCACCACAGCAAAAUAGUCGCCCUGCUUCUCCAAGUUCAGGCUACCGUCCGUAUAUCGCUCCGGGCGGCCCGCCAGUUCGAUUCCCUGAUGUUCCGCGCUCACUAUCUCCUGGCCCAGGUUCUCGGCUUCCACCUCAAUCGAAUAGGCACCCUGGACCUCCUGGCGUGAAUGGAUUAGAAAAGCCGAAUAUGCCUGCAAAUCAACGACAACGGAGCAACAGUGCUGCCAGCGGCAGAGGACGAGUUCCUGCUCCCAUUCAGGGGCCAAGCAGCCUCGGCGCCUCAGUCCAAAAUGUCAACUCAACCGACUCACCAGUGGAGAAACCCAGCACAGCUCCUUCGGACCAGCCAGUAGAACAACCGGUCAACGGGCUAAUGGAAAACCCAGUUGAACAACCAGUGGAAAAGCCAGUAGAACAGCCAACCAACAACCCAGGGGAACAGCCAGCUGACCAGCCAGCCGAACAACCCCAGAUCCCGGCAGAGCAACCGCCACAGUCCACCCCUGUGUCGCUCCCUCCAGUGGAGAGAAAGCCUCUGCCUGGCCAGGCGCAAUAG